AAAACAAUUGUGUUUCUUCAUCAGUCCAUAUUUCCUUCAAUGUUUUCUUCAUAGUUUGGCAGUUGGGAUCAUCUGGACGUGAAUAAUUAUGAUAAACGAACAACUCCCAAAAUCUCAGUGCAUUGAUAUUCACCUCCUUACGGUAGAGAGAGCAAUGUGACACUCCAAAUCGGGCGCAAGCGUGGGGAAUACACAUUUACUGAUCGGUGUAGCGCUAAGAAAGCUUAGUACAUAUCAUCAAGUUGGCUUGGCGAGCGCACGCUGGUGUGGACCAAGUAGUAGCUGCGGUUGAGCCAUUUUAUUCGGUCGUAUCAGUUCGAAAUUAAAGUAUCAUUCUCCCGGGAAAGUGUGUUGUUGUGAAAAUUCUGAAGAAGUUUCCUUCAACUAAAGAGUACCGUUCUAUAAACAUUGCUGCUUCCAAGGAUAGUGAUUUUUUUUAAUUUUCAAAAAAGUGCUCGAGGACAUGAAAAACUGAGUUCCGUUCUCGAAGAGGACGUUAUGUCCGAUUGAAUCGUCGGAGAAAGAACUUAAAUUAUUUUAGUGAAAGUUUUGGACCGGAAGAAAGUUCCGAAUACUCAGAUUUCGUUUGUGCGUGCGUAAGAUGGAAUCGCCACAGAUGUACGACAACCAACAGAACAAUUCGGGAUUGAACAAUAACGAAGUGAAAAAAUCCGUCAUUAUGAACAAUAACAAUAAUUUGACCACCUUAAACAACAACGGUUCUUCCAAACAAACUGCCACCAUCCUGAAACAGCAUCAACUGCAGCAGUUUCAACAGCAUGGGGAGCUGAACGACUUAAGUUCGCCAGAGAUUUCGUUGGAUCUCCAUAAUCUCAUAGAUGACUCGCAUUUCAGUGAUGGACUGUUCAGUGACAUUUUGCAGAGCCAGUCAGGGAAGCAUCUGCAGAAUAUCCACACUAGGCAGGUCGGUGGCAUUUCGGCAAACAGCUACCCAAGAACUACUUUGGCAUAUAUGCCCCAACCAGUGCACAGUGGAGCUACCUAUUCUGGUACUCAGAACUCGAAUAGUGACUCUAAUAGUUCCGUAGCUAGUGACGUGCCGAGCAUAAAGGAAGAACCAAUAGAUCCUCAGGAAAUUCGCAGGAUGACAUGCAACCUGAAUAUUGUUCCUAACUCCUACAUGCCGGGGGUGUACCCGACGAACCCCAAUGCUACGUUCACCACGUUAACCCCUAGCCCUGUAAUGCACCAUGGUUUGAGUUUGAACGCCAUGAAGAGCAAAAGUGCAAUGAUGUCGCAGCAUGUCGCAAGAAAAAGUGUGAAGCCUUGCGACAAAAACAGCGACGAAUACAGGCGUAGGAGAGAAAGGAACAAUAUUGCUGUCAGGAAAAGUCGCGAGAAAGCGAAAGUGAGAACCCGCGAAACCGAGGAAAAGGUCAAACUCCUCAUGAAGGAUAACGAGAAAUUGGUGAAGAAAAUCGACGCACUCAACGAAGAACUGUCCAUCAUGCGUAAUUUCAUCAAUAAUAAUAUGCCAGGGCAAGCAGAACUGUUCCACAGAGAAUUCAAUAAACAAUUGGAUCAUCUGCACAUUCAACAACAACACAUGUCUGAUGUGAGGCAUCAACUGAUGGACAUGGCGCAUGAUUAUGGACCGUAGUUCGACGUCUCGAGAAAUCAGGAAAAUCGAAAUAUAAAUUGAUUCUACUAGAGACAAUAAACUUGAGACAAUAAAUUCAACGUUUUAAUUCAACGUUGAAUAUCUAGUCACUUUUUCAUUUAUUUCAAUCGAAAGUCAACAACUCGAAAUUAUAUUUGAAAUUCGAAUAAUCAAAAAUCAGAUGAACUCCAAAAGAGUGAUCUGAAAUUUGAGACAUCUUUGAAACCGAAUUGCAAAUUGUCACUCCGGAAGUUUCGAAAAUUUUUCUCACUAGAGAAAAAACAACUGAAAAUAACAACUGUCCAGACGAGGCGUUUCAUACCUGUUUGAAAACAACGGAUUUCAUCCUGAUAUCACCUCAUCACUAUUAGGAAAAAGGAGUUUGAAAGUAAGGAACAGUGUCUAAAUUAUUCAGUAACGUACUUAUUUCUGAAAAAGUGCUUUUCUGGAGUUUCAUCAAUGGUUCGAUGAAUCAUUUGAUCAUGCUCAAUCGAUACAUUAUUAUCCGAAAAAAUCAGGAAAUUUUUUUUUUCUGGUUCAAGUUUUUUAACAAUUGUCAGUUGAUUAUCGAAUGAAAAUGGUUCGAUUAUUAAUGAUAAAUUUCUUGGAAGUAAAUGAUAAAUGCAACCAGAUAUAGAUGAACUGAAAAGUUAAAGGAAAAAUCCUUUAUAUUUUAGAAAGAUAUCACUUCGCGAAUUCGAAAUUGAAAAAUCACGAAAAGAAAAAAAUCAUGAAUGAUUUUUCUACCAUUCAGAGAUAUAGCUUCAGGCUGUAGUUACUCAGAUGAAAUUUCGUUAUUAUGAUCAAUAAUAACCUUAUCAUCAAAAAAAAUUGCUUGUUGCUACAUCCUGAAAUAGCAUCAGUUCUUGCUGCUUUAUAAAAUGUGAUGAAUUUGAUUGAGACAUGACCAUCUAAUAUCAAACGUGGAUAGAAAUUUUGAGUUACUUCGUACCACUGAGAUCGAAAUACAAGGAAGGCAGGUGAUGUUCGUCAGAAAGUAUCUAGUCAAUUUUCGUUGAAUCAUAAACAUUCUCUUUCAAGUCCGAGAACGCCAAGUUGGGUUCAGGAUCUUUGGUGCUAUCGUCAAUUAUUAACAUCCAACCCAGUGACUAUAAAACAUCACAUUCAAUUUUCGAUUGAUUUCCAAAUGUGUUUGGAAAAUUCUAUUUAAGUAAUGCUUCUACACAGGAUCUCCUAAUAAAUAUUCGAUUUAUUAAUUUAUUGAACAAAAAUGCGAAUUGAUUUUUCGCAUUGCAAUCAAGAGUUUGUUGACGGGUAUUAAAAUGAAUAAUUAUUCCGUUCUUUAUUGUGAUCUUGAAUUUUGUAUUUGAAGUACGAGUUAGUUUUUGGUUGACGCAAUGUACCUUGUAAAAUAAGAAUAUUGUAUUUGAAGAGAUGUAUUUUUGUAAAAAUAUAUCACUGUUGUACUUUAUAGUUUUAUAUAAUGUAAUAUAUAGUUAUAAAUUAUGUAUAUUAGUGUAAUGUUAAUGUUACAUAUUUCCAAAGAAGUACAUAUUUGUAAUAUAAAUAUUCUAGGGUGUACAUUUUUUACUACUUUCUUGUUUUUAUUUAAUAAAUUUUGAUGAAUA